CUUCCCAGAGUGUAUCUGGGAACAGAGGGUGUGUGUGGUCAUUGCAGAGACGCACAGCUGGUGCUGCAUCUGCACAACUGAAAACAUCUGGAUCUUGUUCACACUCAGCCAGAGGAGGACUCCUGGGGUGAAGCCACACCUCCUUCCAGCCUGACUUGGACGGGUGAGCCGAAGCAACAUCUCCGAGACACUGCUGCUGCCACCAUGAGCUUAAUAGACCUCUUGUACUGCUCAGAGAGUGAAAAUGUUUAUCAAGUUGUCGCUGAGCCUUCCCAGGACACAGAAAAUAAACUGAAGCUCCUAACCCAAAACUGGGAGAGAUUUGUGGCUAAGGCCAAUUUACCCAGGGAGGAGGCAGAGGCAUUACAUGAAUAUCUGAACAGGCUGAAAACAAACUUGAGUGGAAAGGACCCAGAGACACUCAAAGAAGACCAGCUGGACAGAAAGAAGUUUUUGGAGGAGUUUCCUGUGAUGAAACAGGACCUGGAGGAAGACACAGAAAAAAUCCAUGCUUUUGCGAACAAAGUUGACAAGUUACACAAGGACUGCACGAUUUCCAAGGUGGUGGCCCACUCCACUGGUACUGUGUCUGGCAUCCUCAGUGUCCUUGGCCUGGCUCUGGCACCUCUGACAAUGGGGGCCACUCUGCCUCUCAUGGCCACUGGGUUAGCGCUGGGCAUAGCGGCUGCUGUGACCAAUGUGUCCACCAGCAUCGUGGAACAAGUAAACACGUCAUCAAUGGAAAUCAAAACCACUCAACUGCUGUCCCAUGACAGGAAGAGAUGGAAGGUAAUCAAGGAUGUACUCCUUAAAAGGAAACCUCAGAUUAUUUCUGCAGUGAAUUCACUCAUCACUGCCCUACAAUACACUGAGAAGAAAGUCCAAUUCAUCAAGGUGAUCAAAGUCAGCCCUGCCUUAGCAGCCAAAGUCAAGAUCUUUAUAACCAAAGGGAAAAACAUCAUUCAUGACAGUGUUCAGGUGCGGAAAACUUUUGGCAGCAUGGCUUUAGCAAUGACAAAAGAAGCCCGUAUCACUGGCAUAGUCCUGUCAGGUAUCGGCAUUGUGAUAGAUGUGGGCUUCCUGGUGAAAGAGUCAAUACAUUUACACCGUGGAGCAAAGGCAGAGUCAGCUGAAAAGCUGAGGCAGCAGGCCCAGGAGUUGGAAAGCAUAUUGGAGUUACUCACUGAGAUCCAUGAGAAUCUGCAGAAGGGCUCAGUUCCCCCACCCCCAGAGGAGUGCAGGGACCAGGGACAUGUGCUGGGUGUCUCAGAGGCAGCUUGUUAGAGGAGAAAAGGAGGGGAGACAACAUUGAUGGUCCUGGGUGUUAGGAAUUUGGCAUUUCUGGAGCUGAGCAAGGGAGGGAUGGAUGCAGGUGGCAGAUGAUGACAAAGCAAGAGCCUGGAGCCUGGACUAAGGGAGGAGGGGGGCUAAAGAGUGAGGGGAGGGGAGAAACCACUUCUUUUGGACUGAAGAACACACUGGGGGUACAAUAAAGAGAAAGGCAGGUGGAACUAGCUGUGGAAGGCCAGGAAUAUGAAAGAGUUGAAAAUGAGAGAAAGUCAAAGGGUGAGGACUGUUGGGAUCCAGGAGAAGUAGCCGGGGCUCCUCUAUUGCCCUCCUCAGGGCGUGACGUCCCAGCAAGAAGAGUCUCCCCCUGGUGGUGUUCUCUAGCCCCAUGUCUCCAGCAUCACCUCACCUUCGAUUCCAGCAGGUUGUUAUUAAUUAGGCAGUGAUUCUUUUGUUUGUUUGUUUGUUUUUAUUGAAGUGUAGGUGACUUGCGGUAUUGUGUGGGUUUCUGGUGUGCAGCCAAAUGUAUUGAUUAUACAUGUAGUUUUGUGUGCUGUACAGUAAAUCUUGAUUGCUUAUCUAUUUUAUGUAUGAUAAUGUGCACCUGUUCAUCACAUACUCCCAUUUACCCUUCCUCCCCUUUCCUAUUUUGUACCAUCAGUUUGUUUUCUUUGUCUGUGAGUCUGUUUCUGUUUUGUAAAUAAGUUCAUUUGUACUACUUUUUAGAUUCCACAUACAAUUGAGAUCAUACAAUAUUUGUCUUUCUCUGACAGACUUACUUCAUUUACAAUAAUCUCUAUGUCAAUCCAAGCAUCUAAAAACAGCAUUAUUUUAUUCUUUUGGGUACUAUUCCAGCUAUUUCACAUCUUUUUUCAUCUAUUGAUGGACACUUAGGUUGCUUCCAUGCUAUUAUAAAUAGUGCUGCUCUGAACACUGGACUGCAUGUUACUUUUUGAAUUAGAGCUUUUGUCUUUUCCAGAAGUGCUGACUCAUACAAUAACUCUACAUUUAGUUUUUUAAGGAGACUCCAUGCUUUUCCAUGGGCUUCCCAAGUGACUCAGUGGUAAAGAAUCCGCCUGUCAAUACAGGAGACGUGUGUUUGAUUCCUGGGUUGGGAAGAUCCCCUGGAGAAGGAAAUGGCAAUCCACUCCAGUAUUUUUGGAAACAUUCCAUGGAAAUGUCCUGGAAAUAUUCCAUGGACAAAGGAGUCUGGCCAUCCAUGAGGUCACUAAGAGCCAGACAUGACUAACGACUAACACUGGAUCUCCUCACCUUGUAUUCUCCAGACUUUAUUUCAAUAAAUAGGACUGAUUCACUGA